AUGAUCGACUCUCAGUUUGCGGCGGCGGCGGGGCCGAUAAUGCAGUCUCUCGGUGGCAUGGAGCGGCCCAAGAUCCACGACGUCGAGGCGAGGCGACAGGUGUUGGCCGCCAUCGUUCCACAGCAGGAGCCAGCCAUCCCAGAUGACGUCCAACACUCCGUUCUUAGCAUCUCUACCCCCGACGGAGCGCAGAUACGGUUGCUUCGCUUCCAGAAGAAGGGAGGAGCGCAGCAAGCGGGCUCUACUACUGCCGGCCCCGCUGUGAUACACAUGCAUGGCGGGGGCCUCAUCAGUUUGACCGCAGACGUGAGCAUCCCGGCCGUGUGCCAGUACGUCGUCGCAAGCGGGGUGCAGUUCUUCUCGGUCGACUACCGCCUUGCCCCCGAGCACCCGUACCCGACUCCGCUGGAAGACUGCUGGGCCGCGCUGCAAUGGGUCGUGCAGCACGCAGCCGAGCUCGGCGUCGACACCGCUCGCAUCGGCGUCAUGGGCGAGAGCGCAGGCGGGGGACUCGCCGCUGCGCUCGCCAUCCUCUCCAGGGACCGUGGCCUCAGUCCGCCGCUGAAGCGACAGAUCCUGCUCUACCCCAUGCUCGACGAUCGGACCGCGGUAGACACGGAGCCCGGGGACUUUACCGUCUGGACCCUCGAGGACAACAUCACCGGAUGGACGGCCUACCUUGGCCAUGACAAGGUCGGGAAAAAAGAUGGGGUCCCGGCUACUGCGGCGCCGGGUAGGAUCGAGGAUGUCAAGGGCCUUCCGGCGCUGUACAUGGAUAUAGGCCAGGCCGACAUCUUUGGGCUGGAGAACCACGCAUAUCUGGGCAAAUUUCUGGCGGCCGGCAUCGAAGCCGAGUUUCACCUGUACCCGGGCUUGCCACAUGGCUUUGACUCAAUUGCGAGCCAGCACUUUGCGAGCGUAGCGCUCAAUGAGAACAGAUGUCGACAACUCAAGAAGUUGUACGACUGA